AUGGGAUACCUUGGCAGCCGUUUCUCGAGCGUCCUUCCUACGUACGAUCCCGCUCCAAAUCCAUUCAAAUUGCUAGCGUCAGUGAAUCAGAAGCAAUGGAUGUUUUUCCUCAUCGCAUUCUUUGCGUGGACGUGGGAUGCCUUCGACUUCUUCACGGUGUCCUUGACUGUCAGCGACCUCGCAACACAAUUCCAUAAGACAAAUGCUGAUAUCACUUGGGGGAUCACACUUGUUCUUAUGUUUCGAUCUAUUGGUGCUAUUACCUUUGGUAUUGCCUCUGAUCGAUAUGGACGGAAAUGGCCCUUUGUGAUCAACAAUUUGUUGUUUAUCGUUCUUGAACUCGGCACCGGGUUCACUCAAACGUAUCACCAGUUUCUCGCCGUCCGCGCUCUAUUCGGCAUUGCUAUGGGUGGUCUGUAUGGAAAUGUAGCGGCUACUGCACUUGAAGACGCUCCAGAAGCAGCAAGGGGUAUUCUUUCUGGCAUGAUGCAGCAGGGCUAUGCAUUUGGAUAUCUCCUAGCCACAGUGUUCUCAAGGGGACUAGUUGAUACUACCUCUCAUGGGUGGCGACCUCUCUUCUGGUUUGGUGCCUGCCCGCCGGUACUACUCAUCGUCUUCCGUCUGAUGUUGCCGGAGACAGAUGCAUAUGUCGAACGGGUUGCAAUGAGAGCGGAACUCGACAGUGUUGGGAAAGUCUUUAUCACUGAGGGGAAAGUGGCCAUGAAGAAACACUGGUUAUUAUUGAUAUACAUGGUCUUGCUCAUGGCAGGAUUCAACUUUAUGUCCCACGGAUCUCAAGAUCUAUACCCGACUAUGCUGACGAACCAAUACAACUUCUCCGCUAAUGAGGUCACCGUCACACAAGUCGUUGCCAACCUUGGCGCCAUGCUCGGUGGAACGACAGUUGGUUACUCAUCACAGAUCUUCGGCAGACGAUUUUGUAUCAUUGUCAUGUGUGUUCUUGGUGGUGCUUUACUCUACCCGUAUACUUACGUUAGCAAUACUGGAGUCAUUGCGGCAGCCUUUUUCGAGCAGUUUUGUGUCCAGGGAGCGUGGGGUGUUAUUCCCAUUCACCUUAUGGAACUCUCACCACCAGCUUUCCGGACCUUCGUGGUUGGAACAUCCUAUCAGCUCGGAAAUCUCGUCUCCUCCGCUUCUUCCACUAUUGAGGCCACAAUUGGGGAGCGAUUCCCCUUGGCUCCCAAGAUCAGUGGCGGCAAAGCGACCAAGAGGUACCAGUACGGGAAAGUUAUUUGUAUUUUUCUCGGAUGUGUCUUCGCAUACAAUCUGCUUCUUACAUUCCUCGGCCCCGAAGACCGAGGCCGCAGUAUGCGUGUGUUUGAUGACGACGACAUUGAGGAUGUAAAGGGCCAUCAUCAUGCUGUCAUGGAAGGCAACUUGGAGGAGGUUCCUACAAACCGCAUUCGAAAGAACGGGGCGGUCGAGCUAGUUGAGAACGUUUAG